CGCGGGGCAGGGAACCUCCCCCUCUUCUUCAGUUUUGACUGUGACGUUCAACGGGGAGAUUGUGCCGCUCUACAUCGCGAAGGGAUCGUUCGCGCGGCAACUUUGAACACCGACAGUGCUUAAAAAGUGUAUUGUGACAGAGAAUGUGAAUUGGAUCGCAGUGCUCUACAAUUUGGAUGCAGUGAAAGGAUUACACUUGCUGGAUUGCAGUGUUUUUAUUUUGGAUUUUUCAAUUUCACCACCUUCCAAACUGGGGAUGCAUAAGAUGGAGCUCGGCGACAGCGUGUACGCCGCCGAGCGUAUCAUGAAGAAGAGGAUUAGAAAGAACAAAGUGGAGUACUACGUCAAAUGGAAAGGGUGGAAGCCGAAGCACAACACGUGGGAGCCGGAGGAAAACAUACUCGACCCUCGACUGAUCCAGAGCUUCGAGCGUGGCGAAGACCUGCGGCGGCAAGGGCGCAAGCGCGAACGGGAGCACUCGCCCGUGGAGCGCGCGCGCAGCGGCUCCGAAGAGCGCCACCACGGCAAGCGCAAGGCCGAGGUGCUGUCGCGCGAAUCCGGCAAGAUUGGCGUCACCAUCACUAUGAGCCCGCCGUCGAAGCGACACGACUGCAAACUGAACGGCAGUAGAACGCCGCAGGCCGCUGUGCCACCAUCGCUGCCCGCAGCGGCACCGCCGGGCGGCGGUGCACCUGCGCCUGCUUCACCCGCUGCAGAGGCCGCUGCACCGCGAACAGGACCUAGACGAGCUCCAAACUCUCCGGAAGAGGCUGACGCACACACGCCACCUGAACGCGAACGACGUACCGAAACUCAGCCCACGGCCACGGCCCCCGCGGAGCCGAAAGGCGCGCAGCCGCCACCACCGGCGCCGCAGCCAGAAGAUGAAGACUCGUGGGGCGAAGCACCCUUAGCAGUGCCACCUCCGCCCCCACCUCGGCCAGUGCGCCGAGGCGCCUCCUUCUGGAUAUCACGAUCGCCAGUGGCAGACCAAAUCUUCAUUACCGACGUCACUGUGAACCUACAAACGGUGACCAUUCGCGAGUGCCGCACCGAAAAGGGGUUCUUCAGGUCUCGUGACUCCCGGCCCUUAGACGUCACGUAAAUAAUCGUGCCAAAAAACAUUUAGUGACAGACUUGUAUAUACUUUAGGUAGCUAGUAUUUAUUAUUUAAUUUCUGUACGUUAUUACUGGGAGUGCAUUACUACUUCUAGGCCUAAACAAGCGAAGAUAUCUAGUGAAGUACCUUCCUAGUGGAUUUUAUUGAAAGUUUUGGAGUUUAUUCAUUAGAUUGGGAUUUUUGUAUUUCGUCAUAAGUGAUUAUGACAAAAUAAUGAACAUUUACUGCAAUUGCCAGGUACCUGCUUAACCACAGACUCACAUUUUUUUAAGCAACCGACCUUCUGCACUGCUCACCGUUGCGUUCUGUUUGACAAAGACCAACUAUACCUACGGUAAAAAAUACAGCUGCUGGCUCAGGUUUUGUGUAAUUCUGGUGGUGAGUAAGUAAGUACCUGGUGUUGAAUAUUUAAGGGAUCAACAUAAUAUUUUUGUCGUUAUUGAGUAAUUCGCAAUAAUCUACUGAUGUUUAUAUAUGAUUAAUAAGCAGUUCCGUACUUAAGUAAUUACCUACAUUUAAUUAAUUAUUAUACCAACAAUUGUACAAACUACCUUUAAAUAAAUCCUAAGCAAGGAAAGUCCGACCCUCUUCCAUUGAAAUAGUAGUUUGAACUUUUAUAACAUUAGAAUCUCUUAGAUACAAUCAAUUUUUCACAUGAAUUGUGUUAAUGAUACUAUGUUCCGUUUUUAAUUUUGUUUUUCAUUGUUGUUGUUAUUUAUGUCGACUUAAUUUUAGUGUUCAGUGAUCGUGAUGUAUGAUUUUAUUAUAGUUUUAAGUUAUUUAUCUUCGCCUAAAAUAAUAAUAUAGCUCUAAACUGCGCGUCUUAGACGAAGUCUAUCCAAUUAAGAUAUUAUUAAGUACUAAGAGUAAGGAGUAUAUGGCGGAAGUAGCCAGCGAAAUUAGGUUGCAUUUUAUUGCAAAAUUUGCUUUCUAGGGAUAUUUUCCAUAAUAUCUUCGCCAGAGCUUUGCUAAGAUUGUUGUAUUAUCAUCAUAGACGAAUAAUUCCAGAGGUCUUAUAAUCGCGAUACAAGACAACGUAGUCGGGUACUAGUACAUAUUGGUACGCCAGAUGUCGCGACGAGUACCAAAUAGCUAUUUUUGUAACUAAUUUGUUUUACAUUGACAAGCUGCAAUUUAUCAAAGCUACUCUAAUUUCCAGUGUUAACAAACAAAUGAACUUGAUGGCGCUUAUUGCGUAGAUGUAUAUGGAUUGUGCCGGCUGUUGUUUUUUGUUUAGGAC